AUGCAGCAACUCACCCGCCUCCUCCAAGUCUUCAUCCUGGGCAUCCUAUUCGCCUCCGCCAUGGCCGCCGCCACCAAGCCCACGAUCGUCAUCGUCCCCGGCUCUUGGCAACUCCCUUCCGCGUGGGACGAGUUCCGGUCCGUACUCGCCCAGGCCAACCAUGAGUCGCACCACGUCCCCCUCCCCAGCGUGGGCGGCACCGACCUGCCCCUGACUGGACUGCCUGAAGACGUUGCCGCCGUCCAGCAGGUCCUCGCCGGGCUCGCCGACCAGGGCAAGCAGAUCAUCCUGCUCUGCCACUCGUCCGGCGGCGUCGUCGGCAGCAACGCCGUUGAAGGUUAUGAUGUGGCUGCCCGUCAGGCCGCCGGUAAGGUCGGCGGUGUCGUCCGCAUCGUCUACCUCUCCGCCUUUAUGCUCCCCAAGGACCAGAGCUUGCUGGGCAUGCUCGGCGGAACCCCCCUGCCGUGGAUGAUUGUUCAAGACGACCGCGUCAUCGGCAACCCCGACAUGAUGCCCGAGGUCGGCUUCAACGACCUGCCGCCCCAGGAGGCGACGUACUGGGCGCAGCAAACGACCUGGACCUCGGCGGCCCUGUUCGCGGCCCCGUCCCAGUUCGAGCCCUGGAACAACGGGAUCCCGGGCGCCUACAUCUUCCAGACCAUCGACAACGCGCUCCCGUACGACCUCCAGCAAGGCAUGGCCCAGCAGCUGGCGGCCGGGCCCGACCCGCGCCAGGCUACCAUCGAGACCGGCCACUGCGGCUUCCUCAGCCAGCCUGGCGCGUUGUUGGGCGCUCUGAAGGACGUCAUUGGGGGGAACUGA